CUUCCGUGCGCCCCGGCGCGGCCCAGCCUGUGCUGCCCGCCCGCGCACCUCGGCGCCCGCUCGGCUCCCGGGCCCAUCUCCGCGCGGCCCCAGCUUGGGAGCCCAAGCCCGGGCGCCAGUGCCCGCUUUGGCUCCGGUUCACUGCGCCCACCCGACGCGCCCAGGAGGACUCUGCUGCCCUGCUCCCGACAGCCUCCCCCGGCUUAACCCGGCCGCUCCGCUUGGAUUCCUCGGCUGCCCUCGCCGGGGUGGCGACUUCCUCCCCGCGCCCCCUCCCCCUCGCCAUGAAGAAGCCCAUUGGAAUAUUAAGCCCAGGAGUGGCUUUGGGAACGGCUGGAAGUGCAAUGUCUUCCAAAUUCUUCCUAAUGGCUUUGGCCAUAUUUUUCUCCUUUGCCCAGGUUGUAAUAGAAGCCAAUUCUUGGUGGUCGCUAGGUAUGAAUAACCCUGUUCAGAUGUCAGAAGUAUAUAUCAUAGGCGCGCAGCCUCUCUGCAGCCAACUGGCAGGACUUUCUCAAGGACAGAAGAAACUGUGCCACUUGUAUCAGGACCACAUGCAGUACAUCGGAGAAGGCGCGAAGACUGGCAUCAAAGAGUGCCAGUAUCAAUUCCGACAUCGGCGGUGGAACUGCAGCACUGUGGAUAACACCUCUGUCUUUGGCAGGGUUAUGCAAAUAGGCAGCCGCGAGACCGCCUUCACCUACGCGGUGAGCGCCGCGGGGGUGGUGAACGCCAUGAGCCGCGCGUGCCGCGAGGGCGAGCUGUCCACCUGCGGCUGCAGCCGCGCCGCGCGCCCCAAGGACCUGCCGCGGGACUGGCUGUGGGGCGGCUGCGGCGACAACAUCGACUACGGCUACCGCUUCGCCAAGGAGUUCGUAGACGCGCGCGAGCGGGAGCGCAUCCACGCCAAGGGCUCCUACGAGAGCGCGCGCAUCCUCAUGAACCUGCACAACAACGAGGCGGGCCGCAGGACGGUGUACAAUCUAGCCGACGUGGCCUGCAAAUGCCACGGGGUGUCCGGCUCCUGCAGCCUCAAGACGUGCUGGCUGCAGCUGGCGGACUUCCGCAAGGUGGGCGACGCGCUCAAGGAGAAGUACGACAGCGCCGCAGCCAUGCGGCUCAAUAGCCGGGGCAAGCUGGUGCAGGUCAACAGCCGCUUCAACUCGCCCACCACGCAGGACCUGGUCUACAUCGACCCCAGCCCUGACUACUGCGUGCGGAACGAGAGCACGGGCUCCCUGGGCACACAGGGCCGCCUGUGCAACAAGACAUCGGAGGGCAUGGACGGCUGCGAGCUCAUGUGCUGCGGCCGCGGGUACGACCAGUUCAAGACGGUGCAGACUGAGCGCUGCCACUGCAAAUUUCACUGGUGCUGCUACGUCAAGUGCAAGAAAUGCACUGAGAUUGUGGACCAGUUCGUGUGCAAAUAGUGGCUGCCUGCCUGUCACCCAGCCCCGCGCCCAGGACCCACUUAUUUAUAGAAAGUACAGUGAUUCUGGUUCUUCUUUCUAAAAAUAUUUUUUAUUUUUCCUCAAGAACUGCAACCGGAACCAUAUUUUUUUUUCCUGUUACCAUCUAAGAACUCUGUGGUUUAUUAUUAAUAUUAUAAUUAUUAUUUGGCAAUAAUGGGGGUGGGAGCCAAGAAAAAUAUUUAUUUUGUGGAUCUUUGAGAACGUAAUAAUACAAGGCUUCUUCUGAUAGUACAGGAAGAGAGGGAAAUAACGUGUACCCUAACCUAGCUGUGUGGAUGUAGUACACAUCCGGAAGGUAAAGGUAGUACAUAUUUUUCUUAGCUAUGGAGUCAUCUGGGGUGGAUAGGGUCCAGCUGGAGCAGAGAGGUACAAAUGUGUGCAUGAUUCAGCUUCUGUGACUAAAAUGAAUUGUAAAUGCUCUGGGGCAAGAUAAAAGGUCUGGAGAAAAUAACACAAACACACAGAAAAUGAGAGCGACCCAGUUUCCUAGGGGUUGUCAGCCUGUGUUUCAUAUUUUCAGGGUUCUGAUUUAAAAUAUAAGAGCAAGCAUCUCCAAUCUUCAAAGAAAAACAGGUGUAGCACGUGUCGUGUUCUUCUCAAAUAUCCCACCUGCAGAUUAUCUCUGUUCUAACAGCUUAUGAAGCUUGGAGAGCAGUUAAGUAAAAAGUUGGGGCAGCAGAAAAGUCUCCAAAAGUUAGAAAGCUUGAAAUCUUCUAGGUGGGGAUUUGAAGGUGUUACCCCGAAAUGAUUCUGGAUACCCGACUUUCGUUUGGGCAGGAUGUGUUGAGUUGAACAUGCAGAGCAGUCAGUGUCUUGUCCUUGUCUGAGAGACAGAACUUGGUUGAGAAAUGCUAAUGGAAAUAAUACCUGAGUUCUGCUCACAGAUCUUCAGCCUAAACAUCAGGAUGAUUUCAUGCAGAGCAGAAAAACCCAACUGAGGAAAAAACGUGAAACCCACCUUCCUACCUGACCCCAAGCCCUCUCUGGUCUCUCUGUGCCAUGAUGUGAUGCUGGCCAUGCUUCCAAAUGGCAGCUCCGCUGGGUCCCCUUUGAUUGUAGGACAGGAGAUGAAGCACGAGGAGUUCCGGAAAAUAGCUUGCUACUUAGGGAUUUUUUCCUAAAGCUUUUGCUUUGAGGCACAGUAACUUCUUAUGGUUUGAUGACAUUACUUAGCUAACAGAGUCCACAGAGGUGUCACCGUGUUCCACUGUUAGAAUCCUGUGUUUAAACUAUCCAUCCACUCGUGCUUUUCCUAUUACACUGCAGGUGCACCCUAACUGUUCCUGAUGUACUCGAACAGUUGCCUUUACAGGGGAGCGAUGUGGUUUAAUGGUGCCUGAUAUCUCGUCUUUUGUACAUAUCAUAUAUAUAUAUAUAUAUAUAUACAUAUAUAAAUAUAAAUAUAAUUAUAUCUCAGUGCAGCCAGGAUUUAUAUUUACAGUUUACUGUGGGCUUCUUUCUGUCUGGAGCAUUGUUGUCCUUCACUGCAGUCCUGUCAGGAUCUUUCCAAAUGUGUUUCGAGUCUUGUGUUUGGCCUGCGGCCCUGCUGGGAUCAUACCCUGAGCGCCAGGAAACUUGUUUCUGAGGGAGCUCGGCAGUCUGAUUCGCUGAUGUGCAUGUUGGUUUGAAGAUUGCUUUUCUCUGUCCUGCGCACACCCUCCCCUCCAGCUUCCCUUUCUGUAUUCUCUGUGGAGAGGGCAUUAUUUGUUUGUCACACACAUGGACAUUAAUAGAUACAACCUAGAAGCAUCUUGCUUUGCUUAGUGCAUUCCACAGAGUGGAAACAGGUGCCUGGUGGAUCUGGUGGAACUUGUUCAAGUCUCUGAGGAGGAGCCAGCUCACUGAAUAGAUAGCUAGUUUAACAAUUUUUUAAAACAAGGACACCUCUUUCCCCAAAGCGCUGUCAAAUGUGUUCUUAUCUCAGAUGGUCGUUGUUUUUAGGGUUUGCAAGAACGCAGAUCUCCUGUAUCCUUCCUGGGCGUGGUGGGCUUCACAUCACCUCAGCCACGUAGCUCUUAAUUUAUUGCACAAGGAUGUUCACUUCCCCUCCGUUGCAGUGAAUUGCAAGUAAAAGAUCUUGAAAUUAAAAAGCACUAUUGAGUUUAAAAUGUCACUUUUUUGGUUUUUAUUCUACAAAAACCAUGAAGUACUUUUUUUAUUUGCUAAAUCAGAUUGUGUUCCUUUUUAGUGAUUCAUGUUUAUGAACAGAGUUGAGUUUAACAAUCCUAGCUUUUAAAAGAAACUAUUUAAUGUAAGAUAUUCUACGUGUCAUUCAGAUAUUAUGUAUAUCUUCUAUGGCCUUUAUUCUGUACUUUUAAUGUACAUAUUUCUGUCUUGUGUGAUUUGUAUAUUUCACUGGUUUAAAAACAAACAUUGAGAGGCUUAUGCCGAUGGAAGAUAGAAUAUAAAAUAAAAUGUUACUUGUAUAUUGGUAAGUGGUUUUAGUUGUCCUUUAGAUAAUUCACGUGGAGAUUUUUGGAGAAGUUGUGAGGGAUAGCUUUGGAUAACUACAUGUUAAAAUAAUGGAAGAGUGGAGAAUUUUACAAAAACCAAACUAUUUGGAAGCUUCAAAGGAUUUCUAUAUGUAGCAGAACAAAAAGGGAAUUCUCUUUUCCUAUAUAUGUUCCUAAAAAAAAAAAAAAUCAAGCAGAUGGCUUAAAGCUGGUUGUAGGAUUGCUCACAUUCUUUUAGCAUUAUGCAUGAAACUUAAUUGUUUUAGAGCAUGUUGCUAUUGGAACAUCCCGGAGAAGAGCUCAAAAGGCGCAUACUUUUCUCCAUGACCAGAGAUCUAGUCCCCUUCACCCAGAAAUGUAUCUUUGUGUUUACCACGGCAAUAAUUGCACCUCUCUCUUUGAAUUCACUGUGGACCAUGUGUGGUGCUCUUCUGCCCCUUGGAAAGCUGUUUUUAUGAAAAGAAAGCCUCAGUCCACAGAGAAUGAAACCUUUGAAAACUAAAGGUUUAUUGUGUUAAGUGCAAUUCGUGUGAGUGCUUGUGCUUUAUGAAAAUGUGCACCGAGGCUGGCAGUCUGCACAGAUUGAUCCUUUAGCCCCUUGCUUUUUUCUUUCCAGAUGACCUUGUAACAUAUUGAAACUUCUCAUGGAUGCCAAGAAUACAUUAUUUAAAAAAAAAACAGUAGAUCAACAUAUAGAGUGUUUAAAAUAGCAUUUCUGGGCAAAUUCAAACGCUGUGGUUCUAGGAUUCACAUCUGGUUCAGUUUUUCGUGCGUUGUAUAUUGACCAGUGUUCUUUAUUGCAAAAACAUAUACUAGAUGUAGCAGUGUCAGCAUAUUUUUAUUUCUCAUCCUUGAGUGCAUUCAAAAUCUUCCCAAUAUGGAAAAUUAACCAAAAAAUGUAUACAUAGGCAGCAACAAACAGAGCCAUGUUCAAAAUAACCAUUAUGGGCUCAAGUGAAAGGAAGGUUUUCCUCUCCAGUCCCAUUUCUCUGGUCAGCUCUUUGAGCUCCUUGGCUGGCUGGGGCACUGUGGAGGUGUGAGCAGUCUCCUAGCUCAAGACUUCACCAAGAUCAGUUUUCAGGUGGUUCAGCAAACUCUUUCAAGCCACUGGCAUUAUCGGAUAUGCUAUGGUAGUAGAGUGCUGGGUCCUCCAAAUGGCAGACGGGUACCGCUGACUUCCAGGAGAAGAUCCGCAGAAGCAGCCCCUAAAGACCAAACAACCUACAAAAGCAAUGAAGACAGAGCUAGAUCAGGUGCUUGUAACUCGAAGCACGUAUUGAAUGUGGAUAACCACCAAGGUGCAGGUCUAAAAUACCGCGUUAGUACUGUAAAGUAUACAUUAAAAUAUUUAUUUUUGAAAAAGUAUUUUCUAGUCUCUUCUCUAUUGGAUGGUAAAAAUGUGAUGUCAUGUUUUGAAAAUGAGAUGGUGAAACAUUUUUAAUUCAGGAAACAUUCAGAGACGUAGGAGUUAAAACUUAGAAAUGAGACCCUCUGACUUACCUAGUGACACAAACUUUACACUUAAAUCUGGUGGUUUCAUAGUGUUUUAGGGAAACAUCUUGUUAACCAACUUUAAAAUAUGGAUGUAGAGUAAUUAAGGAUUGGUAUGAUUUAAAAAAAAUGUAUCACGUUGAAUCUAGAAGGUUGAAUGAAAAUGGUGUCUCAGUAUUUCAAAAGCAAAAAGGAAUUGGGGGGGAGAUUGCAUUUUAGACCCUUUUUAUAUGCAGUGUACAAUUUGCUGGGCUAGAAAUGAGAGAAAGAUUAUUUAUUUUUAUUCAUAUCUUGUACUUUUCUAUUAAAAUCAUUUUAUGAAACCCA